AUGUCUUUCCUUGAGCCUUCCACGUUCCAGCAACCUUAUGCUCAAAUUCACGAUAUUUCUGGCGAUGUUUCCAAAGGGAGGAGCAUCGAGCUAAUCCUCAGCCACCGGAAGUGGGAGUUGUCGCAUUCCUUAUACGGAAAUCUUCCUUCCCUGGGCCACAACGGCUCCUACUGGCUUCACUAUGGCACCUACUGGCUUUACUAUAGCCCCUACUACCUUUACUAUGGCCCCUCUGCCAUUGCUAUGGCCCAUACUGCCUCUGCCACUAAGACAACACACUUCACAAUACACUUCACUUCAUCAGCUCCUACCAUAGCUGCAUGCUCACGCAACCUCUACUUGCAUCAGGAGUCGGGUCACAAUUCCUCUAGAUUGCUGUCUCCAAAGUUCAGCCUGGACCACAGGCACAAUACCCAUGCCUUCGGUUCCAGAGAGAUGAUAACAGCGGCGGAUUCCCUGGAGCUGCCUCUUUUGAGGACUAACACCCUCGAACAUCGUCUUGCUGGAAACCCUAACAGUACUUUGUAUGUUCUGGCCCGGCCUCGCCCCGAUGAUAUCAUGCCAGACUGCGAGAAUUUUACGUUUUCCCCGUCACUGCCACGAAAUAACGAAAAAUUCUUCCUAUGGGAAAAGGAAAUAAAAUGCCCUAAAGCAAAUCGCAUCAGUGGGAUUCGGGACGUGGAAAUCGAGGCCUCGGAAGCAACCCUCCAUCCCCAUGUGGCCAAAAUCACCCCGAGGUCGAUAAAAGCGACGUUGAAGCAGCUAGCAUGUUUCAGAGCAUCCAACUUCGGACAUUAUAGAUUCUAUAAAUCGACUUUCUAUAGAACCACAGGAAAUUUCCACUGCCUAAAUCAAAUGGGUUUGAAAUUGUAUGGCGCUAUUCUGGGGCGCCAAUUUUAUAAAUCAAUUUUACUCAAAAAAGGCAGAUGUGAUGAGGUAUGUGAGCUUUGGGAACCGAGUGGAAUCGAAAACAUCCUAAGAUAUAUCAGGUUUUUGGUGGAGCCCAUCGUAGUUGCUUAUUCAAUACACUUUUCACCUCAAGGAGAAGCGGGAACCUGGAGUCCUCGCUCAACGCUAGAGAGGUUCCAAAGUCAUGAAGAGAGGCCCCCAGGUCGACAUCCGGUCUCUAUCGUCCCAGUAUACAACUCUUUUGCACGCUCUUCAAAUGGACUCCACGAUUCGGAACUCGCAUGCCUGAGGUCUAAAAAUCGUCGACAAAAUGCGCUAUAUACUGAAACCCACCGCAUCUCAUAUUGCUGGCAGGAUUUGAAGGGGACUCAGGGUAGUGGAAAUGUAGUAGGCAACCUACUGUGCUGCCAGAGUUUCCGAUCCCCGCACAUGGAGACUGGUGCUUCUACUAUAGAGCAUAUGCUAGCCCUAAGAUGGUUUCCUGGCGGAAUUCUUUCGACCGAAGAUGCGGAAAGAGGGGUGAAAGUCGAAGACUGCGGUUGUUCCUUGAUUGUACCGUUACUGCAACCGCCUCUAAAAUCCUCCGUAUUUUCCUUCCUUCGAUGA